AUGUCGUUGGAACCAUCAAUUCUGCAUAAUCCAUCUACAAGCGAACCUGAAGCGAUAUCAGUUAUGCCGACGACGGGAAUAUCCAUUUCGGUACGAGACAAAUUAUACACAUUGAAUAGUAUGUGUGUCAUUUGGUUUACACUGAAAUUCCUCGCCAAAGUGGUCUUACAGAAUCAGUCAAGUGAUGAAAUAAUCAGUGAUGAUGAAGCGCGGCGGCGUCGUGAGCAACUCAAUCGGCGACCAUCCUAUCGACAAAGAGCAGAACAUCGACCAUUCAUUUCAUUUUGCGAAGAAAAAUCACAGAAAAUGCAAGAACUGGUAGUAUUUAUUAAAAAGCAAGGAAAGCAGCUAUUCGUUGUCUCCUUUUUACGUAUUUUUAUGAGUGAAAGUUCAGUUGUUAUAGCAACAUUGUUGUACGUUGAAGUGAAUAUUUUCAUUGCUAUUUUAUUGACCUGA